ACCAUCUGUAUGGAAGGGCAGUGAAGCCCCUUGUCACAGAAACCAGGAGCCUUGGGUUCCCUGAGGCCAGGACAAGCUGCCGGGGGGGUGUCACUGUCCAUGCGCCUGCCCUUCUCUUUGCCUUGGGUUGAUUCUGAGAGGCUCUAUGGUGGGCCUCCCUAGGUGUUUGUUUGCGCCUGGUGAGUGCUCGAACAUGGAGCAAGUGGGCCCUCCAAAUGGCUGGGGCUUUGUCCUCUGGCUUCUCACAACCCCCUCUUCCCCAGCCAGGGCCACAGGGCAUCAGGAGUGACUUAGCCAAGGGCAGGGUGGGUGUUUCCUCCAGACUGGAGGGUGAAAGGAGUGGGUGUGGGUGGGGGCAGAACUUUCUUCCCUGGCGAGGGCUUCACCCUAACUCUGUAGAGAGAGGCCUGGUUGGGUCUGUCUAGGAGCAGCGGGGACACUCGGGAAGAUGGCAGGGUGGUCCCUGAUCAUCAACCCCACCCCCCCAAGUUGAGCCUAGUGGCUCCUCUCUCCUCCUGGACACGCCUAAACAUCCAGCCACCGGCCGUGGGGUGGAGGCAGCGGUGCUUCGUCUGGCAGGUCUCCACCUGGUGAGUGGGUGGUGGGGGAGGACACCCUCCCUCUUCUCCAGGCUGAGCUGAGGCAGAAGUGGCUUUCAGGUCUGGGGUGGCGCUUUUCAGGCUGGAUGUUCUGCCCCUCGGAGGACAGGUCCCCAGGGUUGUUGGCAGUGGGGAGGCUGUGAGGGCAGGAAAAGGAUCGGGGUGGGGCGGUCAGGAGCUCAGAGGUGCGAGGGGCAUGGGGAAGGGGGUUCCCACCUCAGUGCCCACCUGGCCAGUCGCAGACAGAAGGGCUGUCCUUACCUCACACCUGGCCACACCUGUGUUGGCUUUUGGCUCUUGGCCCUAUGCUGCCCCAACCCCUUCCCCCGUCCCAAGGCUCAGGGCCUGAGCAGAGUCGAGCCGCCCCCAUGCCAGGCCUGCUGUUGAGGUCUCUCUGGGGCAGAGGCCCUCGGGGUGAAUGAGGGCAUUGGCCCUCCCUCACUGAGUUUGGCUCCUGCCCACAGGGCUGACAGUGGAAAUCAGCCUGUGGGAGGCUGUAGCCCAGCUCUGUGCAAAUCUAUUUUGGACCUCUGGGCCCCCCUUCCUCUCUAGGCUCCCCCUCCUACCCCUCCCCGUCUGCCCCGCUGGUGCUCAAACUGAGGCUGGGGCUCCGAGGGAGAGUGAGUAGGGGCUGGGAGACCUGGGGCAACCCCCUUGAGGAGGGGCUGGGGACCUUGUCUGGAGGCUGGCACUCUUGGACUGAAGCCCACCUUCCUCCAUCACUCCCAGAGGCCUGCCCAGGCAGCCGCAGCUCCAACCACAACAUCCUUUGGGGUUUGGCCUAGGCAGUUGACCCCCAAAUAGCCCUGGUAGAUUCCCCCAAGACCCGCCCGCACCCUUGCCUCUGGGGCACAGCCCAGAGAGUAUAAAACAGUGCUGGAGGCUGGGAGGGGCAGACCAGCUGAGUCCUGAGCAGCAGCCCUAGCACAGCCGCUGACAGACACACCAUGAGACCCCUCAUGUUCCUCGCCCUACUGGCCCUGGCCACACUCUGCCUCGCUGGCUGGUCAGAUGCAAAGCCCAGAGAUGAGGAGUCUGGCAAAGGUGCAGCCUUUGUGUCCAAGCAGGAGGGCAGCGAGGUGGUGAAGAGACUCAGGCGCUACCUGGAUCAUGGGCUGGGAGCCCCAGCCCCCUACCCAGAUCCGCUGGAGCCCAGGAGGGAGGUGUGUGAGCUCAACCCCGCCUGUGACGAGCUGGCUGACCACAUUGGCUUCCAGGAGGCCUAUCGGCGCUUCUACGCACAGCCUAGAGCUCUCAGCCCUGCCGGCCUGGCUGGCAGCCCCCAGCUCUGGCUCCUCUCCGGGACCCCUCCCCCUCCCCUCUCCCUGACCUCCCCGCCCGGCAAGUGUGAGAUCCCAGCAGCUGGGAGCAUCAUCCCAGCUGCUCCAGAAUAAACUCCGGAAGAGGAACUG